GUUCCGCUACUUGGCAGAUAAAGCACGUGGUACUACUCAGUUUUAACGGUUCAUAUAGCAUUUCAAUUGUGCAGCGACAAUUACAACGUUUGGGAUAGACAUCACAAUCUCUGCGAGUGUUUGUUUUCAUGUUUCUUGGUUUAUUCACUUCGCCAUGCCAGCAACGGUGAAGGCAGUGCUGAUAUCACUGUUGGUGGCAUCACCAGCUCUGGUAUUCUGGGCAUGGCUGGUGAUUCUGCCAGCUAGGUUCACACUCCUGUGUCCAGAUGGAUGCUGGUGCAGUGCUGGAGGAGACAAGAUCGACUGCACCAAUUCAUCAUUAGACAACAUUCCCGUUAUUUUCCACAAGGACGCCAGAUCGCUCACGCUUGAUUCCAACAAUCUCACCUAUUUAAAGAAGGACGCUUUCCUCUCCAGCGGACUGGCGCGCCUUGAGACGCUUAGCAUCGACAAGUGUGGAAUUGUGGGAGUUGAACCAGGUGCGCUCAACGGGCUAACUCUCUUGGUACAGCUGUCAUUAAUGAGUAAUAUGAUACGUGAAAUAAAAGCUCGAACUUUUGGGAAUAUGUCCUGUCUAAAGAGACUUUACUUGGGGUACAACGUCAUUGAGAACUUGGAACCAGAUUCGUUCUUGGGGUUAAGUGAUCUGGAAUAUCUUCACAUGAACGAAAAUAACAUAAAAUACAUACAUCCGGAAUUGUUCAUACACUCACCCAAUCUAGAAUUGUUAAGUCUGGGAAGCAAUCAACAGCUUGAAAUUCCUACGGAUAGUCAUUUCAUAAACUCACGUUCUCUGAAAAGUCUCUUUAUGGAAAACUGCAGUGUGACUUCUAUCUCGAUGAAAACGUUUGCAAAGGUGGCAGGACUGAAAUUACUUGACUUGAGCGCAAAUUGUCUUCGAGAUAUCGAUACAAAUGUUCUCGUUUCUUUGCCACAACUAUCCGCGUUCUAUCUACAUAGAAACCCCCUCCAGUGUGACUGUCAGCUCCUGGAAACGUGGCGACGGUGCAAGGCUCGUAACAUAGAAACAGCGUCUGGUCCCGAUGCGCCGGUAUGUGACGCCCCAAGUGAAGUGAAGGGGCUAUGGUGGGCUGUCUUACAGAGGUCACAGUGCUCACAGGGACACAUAGCUUAUCACGGGGACUACAGCAACAUAAAAUACAAUCAAACUGAUGAUACAUACAUGAACGAAUACGAAAAUUACAUGAAACUCAUAAAGUACGUGCAAGGACCUGUACAUGUGGUUCUUUUUAUAUUUGGCUUCACUGGGAAUUUGGUCCUUCUCGUCAUCAUAAUAUGCAACAAAGAAAUGCGAACCGUUGCCAACAUGUACAUCCUUAACCUCGCGGUAAGCGACAUAAUUACGCUGACAGUGAAUCUGCCUGUCAAUCAUGCAUAUCUGAUGUCAGGCAGCUGGAAACAAGGGCUGUUUUUGUGCAAGUUUUUCGCAUUUUCCCGCAGUCUGUCAGUCGGCCUAUCAGCGUACUCUGUAGCUGUGCUCAGCAUCCAACGAUACAACGUCACGGUGAAUCCCCUACACAUUCGUUUGUUUUCGCCAGCAACGUGUCGUGUUACUAUGGCAGCCAUUUGUGGAGUGUGGAUUGUGGCUUCAGUAUUCGCCCUUCCUUCCGCACUCUCAAUGCAUGCUGAUAUGUACUGCAGCCAUUAUGACAGCCAAAAUUACUAUACAAAAGUCGUUGUGUUUGAACUGCUAGUGGCCUGUAUACUCCCCCUGUGUGUGAUUGUGUUCUCGUACAUAAUGACGGCCCGCCAUCUUGUGAAGAGUUCUCUUCCUAUAUCACAGCAGGUACAGCAUCCUCAAGAGAACACACGCAGAAGUAUAGCAAAGAUUGUGUUGGGGCUUAGUUUUGUUUUUGUAAUCAGUUAUGGUCCUUACCACAUCAUAUGGACGUAUAUAAAUUUGGCAGAUUUUCCUGAAAAAAGGGAAUUAUUUUACACAUAUUCCGUCUCAACAUGCCUACUAGUGUUUAAUUCUUGUUUCAAUCCUGUAGCACUGUGUUGUACCAGCCUUGCUUUCAGAAAGCACUUUAAACGAUACAUCAUGUGUUGUCACAGGAGAAAUGCACCGAACACAAAUUUCGAACUUACAGGUAGUACUUAAUCGAGAAAGCUGGUGGCGGUAACGCCCUACACUACUACCCUGGAGAAUCUUGGUUCGAAUCUCAGCUUCAUUCCAAAUCUUUUCCAAUUUUUCAGUCAUCUUACCAUUCGAUGCCGUAUAGUCUAAAAAUUAACGUCACAAAAUAAACCACAAAACACAAACACUUCGGAUUUAUCAACUGUAUUUUUUUCUUUCUACGCCCGUAAUAUUUAUAUCGUCACGUGUAGGGGUUUGUGCGUGACUUAUAGACGGGUUCUGGAUUGGAUAAAGUGGAUUUAUUGAUGCCUUGUGUACACCACUUGGAACUAGAGGAAGUUAUGGCGCUGUUGCUAUUCUCACAUUUCAAAUCACUCCACAAUAUCUUCUCAAUUUACUUUCACUACUCUUUACUUGCUAACCGCUCUCAACAAUUGCUAUUUCACUGCGAAGUUUUCACUAGACGUUUCCUGGUAACGGAUCUUAGCUAUGGAGAUUCUUCAGCUUCCGUUAUCCG